AUGGCUCGAGCAUCGAGCUGCCAAAAUGGCACCGUUAAGCUGUACUACGACGACACCGAUGAAGUAUGGGACCAGCUGAGCUCCUACAUAAAGCUGGACAACAACGUGAGAAACAGCAAGCUCGCCUUCAACAACUCACGCUGGUUUCUCGGCAUGUGGGGCGCCACGUUCACCCGCCUUAUGUCAGGUCUGUGGAACGAAGACAUUUUCCGGACUGCGCUUCGUAACACGCUUCGCAGCAACUUCAGCAAGAAGCUGAAUAUCACUGAGCUCGACGGGUUUGCCAUAAUCAACACCAUCAUCGCGGACACAAGGCCACUGGGCCGUGCACAGCCGUUCGGCGCAGCCUUCCGGUCAGUAAAGGAUCCCAUACUGGAACCGAACUGGGCCUACAUUCACACGGCAGCCAUUUGGCCAGGUGGACAGGCGUUAGUUCCAGAAUCAAUGGUGGCCAACAUACUCAAGGAUGCCGACGUGGUGGGGAUAAGCACGAGCAAUAGCACCGAGGAGAGCAACAUCAUCCUGAACCGAGCGACGGGCAACGUCGUUCCCUACAUGGCCGCUUCUCCGCCUAACCCCAUCAUGCCAGCCGGUCCAGGCACGCGCGGAAUGCUGGACAUUCUGAAGGACUUCCCGCACUGGAAGCAGGUGCUUCAGCGCCAGAAGCUCUGCUUCUCCGUCACCUCGGCCAUCAACUACGCGAGUAACACCGUAGAUAACAUCGAUUUUGUCCAACCUAUCCGCCGCAUGCAGGACGUGCAACGAUUCAGCCGGCUAAGGUUCACGAACAAGACCAGCAGCAACAAGUACCCGGUAGAGGAAAAAGGAGGGACCUCCUAUUACUUCGACAACAAAACGCACACGCACUUUUGGCGUUUCGUUCGCAAUGACAAUUUGUUGACCUUCUUUGCGUACGACACGGGAUCGACGCUGUCAUACAAGAUGACGGAGAUGCUCAAGGCUUACGGAGAUGACAAAUGCGUUGUCUUUGACGAUUUGGGAGAAGACGCCGUGGCGAGGAGCUUCACCGUCGGUGGCACGAGUGUUCACUUCGGGAAGUUCGAGUUGAUUUCGGCCGUGCAGGAUGCAAUGCAGAAGAAAUACGGAAAGCUGUCUCCCGGAUAGAGAAGAUGACAUGAACUAAGUUGAGUAUGUACGUCAAUCAGCACGCGGUAAAGAAAGUGACGUCUGGGUCAACAAGAGAUGACUAUUUCCGCGCAGUCUUCACGAGCAGUGACAGUUUUACAAUGGCGCAAGAUGCCCUCUGUUUAUCGAUGUGGUCGGCGACUGCGGUUGGCCAUGUCGUUGCUCCUUUGCUUUGAAUUAUUUCUCCCAAUUGCAGUCAUCCAGUCGACGUGAAUGUUUGUGUUUACUUAGUUUUUUCUCCCACUAUGAACGCACUGAUUUUUAACGUUAUGAUGUGAUCACUUUGGCUAUGGUGUGUACAUUGCUUUUCAGAGUCGCCCACCUUAUGCCGCUUUGACAGUGUGCAUGGUUUCUUGCUUUUUCUCGUGACGCUAUGAAACAUUCGAUUUCUAUGAAACGCGAUACAUUGACGACUCAUCGCGAAGUGUCGUUAACGAUUGGAACCAA